AUGGAUCUCGCGGGGGAGAGAGGAGCAUCCGCGGGCGAGAAAGUGGCCCCUCGGCGUCGGGUUCUGAGCGUCAUCCCUUCGCUGUGCUCCGUGGCGUCUUUCGCUUUUUGCGUGGCGCUCAGCAUCCACGCCGCCGACGUCAGACGCCGGCUGGCGGGCUUGGAGCACGGCGCGGACACUUUGACGCGCCCCCCCGCGGACCACUUGGAUGCGUUGAUUGCGCAGAGAGUCAACGAAGUGCUCGCCCAGCGUUCUUAUGAGCAAUUUGUCAAGAUUCGAACCGCCCGGCAAGCGUCACCUGAAUGCAACUGCCCUCCAGGACCUCCGGGAAAGCGAGGAAGGAGAGGCCGCAAUGGAGAAACCGGACCGCCUGGUCCUCCAGGUCCAAAGGGUGAAAAGGGGGAUCAAGGCGACCAGGGACCACGGAUGGUCUUCCCUAAGAUCAAUCACGGCUUUCUUUCCGCUGACCAGCAGCUCAUAAAACGGCGUCUCAUUAAGGGGGAUCAGGGGCAAGCUGGACCACCUGGACCUCCCGGGCCCCCAGGUCCGCCUGGCCCAAGGGGGCCCCCAGGGGACACAGGCAAAGAUGGGCCAAGAGGCGUACCAGGCCUACCAGGUGAUCAAGGGAUUCCAGGAGAAAGCGGACCUGUGGGACCGGAGGGGCCUCCAGGACUCAAGGGUUCGCUGGGGCCUCCCGGUAUUCCAGGUGUUGACGGACUGAAGGGGGAUCUUGGCAUCCCGGGACUGGACGGCAUCCCCGGAGCUAAGGGCGAAAUGGGAGAGCAAGGUGAAAAGGGCGACAUGGGGGAAGAAGGACCAAAAGGCGAAAUAGGGGAGAAGGGGGAUGCAGGCUCCUCUGCGGCAGGCAUCAAGGGGGAACCUGGAGAGCCUGGAAGAAGCGGACACAAGGGAGAGCCAGGACUUCCAGGGCUGCCUGGACUUCCAGGGAUUAAGGGAGAACCGGGAUUCCUCGGACCUCAGGGAGAACCAGGUCUCCCAGGCCUCCCAGGAACUAAGGGUGAGAGAGGCGAGCACGGACCGCCCGGAAAAGGCGAACGGGGUGAGAUGGGACCCGUCGGAGCAAAGGGUUCGCAGGGUGAGGCAGGCACACCUGGUCCUAAGGGGUCAAAGGGCGAAACUGGAGAUAAAGGAGAGUUUGGACCUGUAGGGCCGAAGGGCCCGCCUGGCCAAAAAGGAGACCAAGGAGCCACUGAAAUCGUUGACUACAAUGGGAAUAUUCAGGAAGCAUUACAGAAGAUUACCACUAUUACAGUGACGGGCCCGCCGGGUCCUCCUGGGCCUGUAGGACCGCAUGGCAUCAAGGGUGACCGUGGCAUGCCUGGCCUACCUGGUCUCGACGGAGAACGCGGCUACAAGGGUUCGAAAGGAGACAUGGGAAUGCCAGGAGCGUCAGGAGACAAAGGAGCAACCGGUUUACCCGGUUUACCUGGUGUCAAUGGGGCAAAGGGGGAGAAAGGAGAUUCUGGUCUACCAGGUCCCCAAGGUUCCUCGAUCAUUGGCCCUCCAGGGGCACCAGGACCUCAUGGACCUCCAGGACCUAUGGGACCCCACGGCUUCCCUGGACCGAAGGGUGAACCUGGUUUGCACGGUACAAAGGGGGCACGCGGGGAACCCGGCCACAAGGGAGACCGAGGACCCUUAGGUCUCCCUGGCACCGACGGACCUUCAGGUCCGGCUGGUCCGGCUGGCCCGAAGGGGGACAGAGGGGAGAGAGGAGCGACAGGUGAUGCGGGACCGAGGGGACCCUACGGAUUACCUGGAGCAGCAGGAACACCAGGCUUGGAUGGGUUGCCAGGUUUGAGAGGAGAGAAAGGCGACCUUGGGGAAAGAGGAGAGAAGGGUUUCCGGGGAUUUAAGGGUGAAAAGGGGGAACCAGGGCAACCGGGUCUGGAUGGGCUGGAUGCCCCGUGCCAAUUGGGUCCUGAUGGUUUACCAAUGCCUGGCUGCUGGCAGAAGGGAGUCACGCCUUGGCUGGUAGCCUGA